AUGAACAGUGCGAAGCGCUAUUACACCAAUCCUACGGUGGUGGCCCUAGAGAAGAAUUAUAUGGAAUGGAUUGUACAGAUGAAAAUCGGUCUUCCAGCACCUCAGGCUGUUUUGGGACAAGAAAUCACAAUAACACCCAUUUUAGGAGAAUUUGGGUUCUGCUAUACAUACGCAUCUCCUAUAGCACAUUAUAUAUCACCUAAACCGUUAAGAGACAAUCCUAAGAUGAGAGAUAAAUAUAAAGCAAAUGUUGUGAAUUGCCAAAAAACAGGUGAUUCUUGCUCAAGCUAUACGGAGUUUCCGAAACAAAUGAUGGUUAAGUUUUCAGUGCAUUCACCGUAUGAAAUGCAACAGGCAUCUGACAAGUUCGAAAACGGACAACCUGGGAUCAACAUACGCUUCUAUACUCCUUUCCAAAUAGUUUCAGAUGUAGAAGUGUACGAACUAAAACCGUCUCAACGGCAUUGUUUCCUUCAAACAGAACCUAGUGGAGAUUUGCCUUUUAGCAGUUUCAAUGUAUGCCUCAUGAACUGUCGGCGGCGGCUAGCAAUACGUCUGUGUGGAUGUGCGCCGUUCUUUUAUAAUUCUAUUGUGUCGUAUGGAGGAACUGUAGGAUUCUUUUUAGGCUGCAGUUUACUAAGCGUUUUUGAGCUGGUGUAUUUCUUCACUCUACGACUGGUGUGUGUGGUGUUCUGUCAUUCACGCGGGUCUAAGGGUGCUGACCGGCAGAAACGACGGAAGCAGUGGUUUCAGUCGCUGCAUCCUAAUCUCAAGGAACCCUUCUACUAA